AUGGCUGUUUGGAAUCACACAGAUGUGAAAGAAUUCAUAUUGGCAGGAUUAACUGAAAAUCCUAAGUGGCAGGUUUCUCUCUUCUUCAUUUUCAGCCUAAUUUAUUUCAUCAUCCUUGUGGGUAAUUGGGGGAUGAUUAUCUUGAUCUGGUUGAACACCCAACUUCAUACACCAAUGUACUUCUUCCUUAGUAACCUCUCUUUCUGUGAUAUCUGCUACUCUACUGUCAUUGCGCCUAUGAUGCUCAUCAACUAUCUUGAAGAACGCAAGUCUAGUUCAUUCUUUGGCUGUGUUCUACAGAGUUUCUUUUUUGCAGUGUACAUAACUACAGAAGGCAUCCUCCUGUCUAUGAUGGCUUAUGAUCAUGUUGUGGCUAUUGCAAACCCCUUAAUGUACACAGUUAUUAUGACCCACAGCCUUUGCACUCAGAUGGUUCUUGCAUGUUACAUGGGUGGCCUCAUGAACUCCAUUACUCACACAAUAGGUCUACUCAGACUGGACUUCUGUGGUCCAAACAUUGUGAAUCAUUUCUUCUGUGACAUUCCUCCUCUUCUGAAGCUUUCAUGCUCGGAUGCACACAUCAAUGAGAUGCUGCUUUUGGUCUUGUCUGGAGUGAUUGCUAUUUGCACUUUUACCAUCGUUAUGGUGUCCUAUAUCCACAUUAUCAUUGCCAUCCUGAGAAUUCGUUCAGCCGAAGGAAGGCGUAAAGCCUUCUCCACUUGUGCCUCUCACCUGACAGCUCAGUACUCCAUGGAACAGGAAAAGCUCUCUGCUGUGUUUUACACCUUGGUCAUCCCCAUGCUGAACCCUCUGAUUUACAGCCUGAGGAACAAGGAUGUGAAGGAAGCAGCCAAGUGGUCAAUUUAUAGGGAGAGGAGAACCUCCUGA